UUCGAACAUCGAACAUCGAUAGGUCUUAUCGAAAAGUUUGAUGCCAACACUAUAAAUUUUAUACGCGCGUACCAAAUUGUCAAACGACGAAAGUAAAAAAACCAAAUCAAGAGAAUGUUAAAUCCAUUUUUCGGAUUUUUUGCAAGUUCAAAAUUGAAUUUUUACAUUGAAAGAAACUAAUGUCGCAACGUUCUCUGGUGGAUGAUAUACUAGACAUGGAAAAUUUACAUUCUAGUUCUGGUUCCAGUGAAUCGUCUUCGUCUGGAGCUUCGUCUUAUCAGCAUGAUAGUACCGAAGGCACUGAUCCAAAAAAGCUUAAAGGAUCAGUUGAAGCGAAUAUGCUAGCACAACUGAUGAGAGAUAAUAUAGUCACUGCAUUGCAGAAGAGGUUGCCAAAAGCAGUCGGCGAGAGAAUCAAUCAAGAACAGAUGUUUUUGCAGAAUCGUUUCCGAUAUUAUUUAGCACGAGUUGUAACGCCAAAGCUGAUUACUCUUAGAAACGAAACAGUUCAAGCAUCAGGCAGCUGUUCCCGGAUCGGAUCAAUCGAGGCCCUGUCCCAAAACAAAGAGGGAAUUCUUCCAUUCCACAUCGACAUGAAGCAAUUCGUCGAGCAAUGUGCAGGAAUUGAAAACUGCAACGAAGCACCCUUGACCCCGACCUCAGAAUCAAACGCCAUUAAACUAAUGAUGACUACUACGGAGUGGCAGUUAAAACAACAGGAUUACCCAGAAGAUGCGAUCUAUGCAAUUAAGUUUCGACUUUUGGAAUUGCAGCGACAAUUUUUAACUUACUUAGAGACAACUGACGCCCCAUAUCGCCUAUUCCGGAUGGAAAAAGAAACCGGUUUAGGUAUUGUCAUAUGUUUUGAGCAAGAUGAAAAAGAAACAAAAUCGAAAAGUGUAAAUGAGCAUCAAACUCUAUGAUAUAAUUAAAAAUAAAAUUUAUUUUAU